AUGGUCCUCCGCAUACGGCUCGCCCGCUUCGGCAAGAAGCACUCGCCCUUCUACAACAUUGUCGUUGCGCACGCUCGCACGGCGCGCAACUCCCGCCCCCUCGAAGUUCUAGGCACCUACGAUCCGACGCCCAAACCCCCGAGGCCGGGCGACACGAACGGCCGCCCGUGGAAAGACAUCAAAUUGGACGUGUCGCGCGCGCGGUACUGGGUCGGCGUGGGCGCGCAGCCGAGCGACACCGCGUGGCGGCUGCUGAGCAUGGUGGGCAUCCUGGAGCCGCAGUUCCGAGUCGGGCAGAUACAGGGGAAGGUCGUGCGCGCGGAGACGGCGGCGAAGAGCCUCAUCACGCCGAAAGAGGGCGAGGCGUGA